GUCUUUCGAAGUAAAAUCUUUGGUCCAAAAUGAGAGAAGAGAACCCAUCAGAGAGCCGAACAAAGCUAUGCAAGUUUGCUGAUCAAAAUCAGGUGGUGAGGGCUAACAUUAAAGUCGUUAACAACCCAUCGAAACUCAAAUCUGCUUCAGCUUGGGGUUCACACAUUGUCAAAGGGUUCUCAGGGGAAAAGAAAAGUAGGGUGCAGGGCGUGAUUCCAAGCAAGAAGCCACCGCUCACCAGUUCAGAGAACUCUAAUCAGAGGAAUCCUUCUUCUGUGCCGAACCAGUCUCGUGUGAAGAGAUCUCUAAUCGGAGAUUUGCCAUGUACAGCCAAUCCUGCUCAAGUUCAUCCCCAUGCUUAUAAUUCCCAUCGCACGAGAUCCUCGUCUGAUUUAUUCCUCGAGUUAGACCAUUUGAGAAGCCUACUCCGGGAAUCAAAGGAAAGGGAAUUGAAACUGCAGGGGGAGCUGUUGGAACAUAAGAAGAAUUCAAAAAUCUGUGAUCUGGAAAGGGAGCUUGAAUCAAAGAGGAAUGAAGCAGAGAAUCUUUUUCACCAUGUUCGUUUGCUAGAAGCUGAAAAAUCAAGCCUUUCUGAGCAAGUGGCAUCUCUAUCCUCUAUUUUAGAAAGCCAAGAAGAAGCACCAAAAAGAGAGAAGCUUGGAAAUUCAACAGCUUCACAGAGAAGUCUUGAGAUGGAAGUAGUUGAGUUGCGGCGCCUGAACAAGGAAUUCCAGCUUCAGAAGAGGAAUCUCGCAUGCCAACUUUCUUCCGCAGAAUCCCAAUUGGCUGCUCUUGCAAAGGUUUCUGAGAGUGAAAUUAUUGCAAAGGUUGAAGCUGAGGCAUCUCUAUUGAGGCACACAAAUGAAAAUCUUUGCAAGCAAGUUGAGGGGCUACAGAUGAGUCGGUUGACCGAGGUUGAAGAACUUGUAUACCUUAGAUGGGUCAAUUCAUGUUUACGUAAUGAAUUGCGCAAUGCAGGCUCCACAAUGGAUUCUGAAAAAGUGUGGACUCCAAAGUCAGUGGAGAAGGAUAGUGAAUCUAUUAGCUCUAUGUCUCCUUCAAGUAAGGGGUCCUUUGAAUUUAGCACUGCAAAGAAACCAAGCAUAAUGAGCAAGUUCAAAGGGUGGCCUAGAGUAGGUGAGGAUUUGUCAGAUUUAGAAUGUCCACAUCAUCUGCUUGAUAAAGAUUGGGUUGACAGACAAGAUAGUAUGAGCCCCCAAAGAAGACACUCUAUUAGUGGAUCAAAAUGCUGUACAGAAGACUUACUAAUGAGCCAGAGAAGACAGUCUGAUGGCUUUAUUUGUCCAAAAGAAAUAGAACAGGAUGGAAUAGCACUUGAUGCUCAUAAAUAUGAUCUGGGUGUUAUUGAAAGUCCUCAAUUCUUUGUGAACAAACAGGAAACCAAUAAGAUUAGAGCUUCUGUGGAUGUUGAGAAGCGAGCAUUGCGCAUUCCUAAUCCUCCUCCAAGGCCUUCAGGUUCCCUCCCUAGUGUAGCCAAGGAAGAUGGCAUUGCCUCAAUUCCAGUACCACCACCUCCACCUCCCCCGCCACCUCCUCCAAAGCUCUCAAUAAGAAGUAACACAAGUGUGGUACAGAGGGCCCCGGAGGUUGUUGAGUUUUACCAUUCACUGAUGAAGAGGGACUCAAGAAAGGAAUCUUCAAACGGAGGAAUAUGUGAUGCACCAGAUGUUGCGAAUGUCCGUAGCAGCAUGAUUGGUGAGAUUGAGAAUAGAUCAUCCCAUUUGCUUGCUAUAAAGGCAGAUGUUGAGACUCAAGGUGAGUUUGUGAACUCAUUGAUAAGAGAGGUGAAUGGUGCAGUUUAUCAGAACAUUGAAGAUGUUGUUGCAUUUGUGAAGUGGCUUGAUGAUGAACUUUGCUUUCUUGUGGAUGAGAGGGCAGUUCUAAAGCACUUUGAUUGGCCGGAGAAGAAAGCUGACACUUUGCGAGAAGCUGCAUUUGGGUAUAGUGAUCUCAAGAAGUUGGAGGCUGAAGUCUCUUCUUAUGAAGAUGACCCUCGACUCCCUUGUGACAUUGCACUGAAGAAGAUGGUCACCUUGUCAGAAAAGAUGGAGCAUAGAGUUUAUAACCUUCUCAGAACCAGAGACAUGUUGAUGCAUAGCUGCAAAGAGUUUCAGAUCCCUAUGAACUGGAUGCUGGACACUGGGAUUAUUAGCAAGGUAAUUUUAUAGUCUGUUUUAUCUGUACUCUUUCUAGUUUUGGUUCACUUGAAAAAUAUGAACAAUUUAAUAAAAA